AUGCCAAUAUCCUGGUCUUCCGAGAAUUACGUCAAGCUGCUCUCAGCUUUGUUAGCCGCCCACCCGGAGCUCAAACCAGACUAUGAGAAAAUCGCCGUUCAUUUCGGCGACGGUGCUACCUACGAUGCCAUCAAUAACUGCAUGCGUCGUAUCAGAGCCAAGGCUGAAGAACUACGCAAAGAAGUCGAGACCGGUGUUAGACCGAAUGUGACCCCAAAGUCUACCCCGAGGAAACGAAAUGCCGCCGGCCAGAGCAAGGCGAAGAAAGGAUUUAUCGAGGAAGAUGGUGACGAUGAGGAGAUCCUUACGCCUUCUAAGAAAAAGGCGAAACUGAUUGAGGAGGGUACGCCUGCUUCUAUCAAAAAAGAAGGAAAUGGAGGUGUUCGCAAGAGAGCCCCAAAUAGUGUUAUGGCGGCUACUAUCAUCGAUGUUUUAGAUUCAGAUGAUGAAAAUAUUGGACAGGGCGGAGUUGCGGUCAAGCGCGAGGUCAGCUCGGCAGCCAUUAAGACAGAAACAUUUGAGAAUACAACAACUUACGAUUAUGAUUCUGAGGAUAAUUAUCGGGAAUAG